AUGCCCAUAGUGUCCGCAGUUAUUGCGACAAAACAACUUGGACUUCAAAAGCAUUGUCAAUAUGGAAGAACUGUUCUAGUUAAACCCGAGGAAAGCUACCGUAAAACUCAGUCUGCGUCAACUUCUUCAAACUGUUUUGACGCCUCCGCACGAUUUCGCGGUCGUUUCUGCGUUGAUCAGGCAUCCAGGGUCGGGCGUUUAAAGCUACCAUGGACGGGAUCGUCAAGUGAGACCGCCUAUGCCACCAGUGAGCAGAUGAGCGCCCCAUCAUCAUCACCAUCACCACCACCACCACCACCACCAUCAUCAUCAUCAUCAUUUGUGGACUCGAAUAGAUAA